GAUUGAAAGACUGGCGGCGCGCAGCUUCAGAGCGCGCAAACGCGCGUGCACGUAAUCGACAGGCUGCAAGACUUACUGUGUGACGUCAACAAGUGCGACGAAAACAGCCGUCGGCGUGCGCUUUGUGUCUCCAGACUUAGCCGUAAACAAAACGGUGGUCUCAUGCUAUUGAGUGAGUCGGCUUUAUCACAUCAGUAAAGAAGAAGCAGCUGACAUUUAGUGUAACUCCAAGAUGGAUGUGAAAGAGGAGACGUCUGAGGCCGGCAUAAAUUCCAUGGAGACAAAGGCAGUAAAUAUUAAGGAUGAGGAGGACGGUGAAUGGGAGUCUGCCCACCCUAACCAGGAGAGUCAGUGCAUUAAGAAUGAGGAUCAUGAACUGGUAACUCUGGGCAUUAAAGAAGAGGCCGAGGAGACGUCUGUCAGCAUUGAGACACACAGACAAAAAAGUAUGGAGUGUGUUCACCUCAAGUUGACAUCUGAAUCAUUACAGUCUGACACAACAGGGACUGAGGAAGUGUCAUCUGUUACAACUCAGGAAGGUCAGCCGUCACCUACACCUCAGUCUGGAGAACUUGGCAAACCUGAGAAGCCGUAUUGCUGCUUGGAAUGUGGUAAAGGAUUCUGUUACAGAAGUACUCUUCAGAGCCACCAAAGAAUUCACACAGGAGAGAAGCCAUAUUGCUGUUCUGAGUGUGGCAGGCGAUUUGCUCAAAUGAGUAGUCUUAAGAUACACUCUGCAGUUCACACAGGGGAGAAGCUACAUUGCUGUUCUGAAUGUGGGAAACGAUUCUCACGAACCAGCGAUCUUCAGCGCCACAAGCGAAUAAUUCACACGGGAGAGAAGUCGUAUUGUUCUGAAUGUGGCAAGCAAUUUUCUGACAGGAGUACCCUUCAGAUCCACACAAGAAUUCACACAGGAGAGAAGCCAUAUUGCUGUAAUGAGUGUGGCAAGCAAUUCUCUGACCGGAGUACUCUUCAGAACCACACAAGAAUUCACACUGGAGAGAAGCCAUAUGGCUGUUUUGAAUGUGGCAAACAGUUUUCACACAAGGGCAAUCUUCAGAAACAUGUUAGAAUUCACACUGGAGAGAAGGCAUAUUGUUGUUCUGAAUGUGGCAAACAAUUCUCUCAAAAGAGUAGUCUUCAAAAACACAUUAGAAUUCACACCGGAGAGAAACCAUAUUGCUGCUCAGAUUGUGGCAAACGCUUCUCUGUAAAGAGUAGUCUUCAAAAACACACAAGAAUUCACACUGGCGAGAAGCCAUAUUGCUGUAAUGAAUGUGGCAAACGAUUCUCACUAUUAAACAAUCUUAAGAGCCACAAAAUAAUUCACACAAGUGAGAAGCCAUAUUGCUGUUCUGAAUGUGGCAAACGAUUUACACGCCUGAGUAGUCUGAAGAGACACAGUUUACAUAGGAGAGAAAGAGAAGAAGUAAGUUGUCAGGCGAAGAAGGAAGGAGGUGUCAUUGUGCCAAAUAUAUAUGUAAUCUCCUCAAUUAUCUUAAUGGAGACGUUUGAUGGAAUUAAACCCUGUUCUUUCAACAGCAAGGAAGAAGCAGCUGUCAUUUACUGUAACUGCACCAAGAUGGAUGUGAAAGAGGAGACGUGUGAGGUUGACAUAAAUACCAUGGAGAUAAUAACUGUAAAUAUUAAGGAGGAGGACUGUGAAUGUGAGUCUGGCCAUUCUGAACAGGAGAGUCUCAGCAUUAAGGAUGAGGAUUAUGAGCUGGUGUCAGUGGGCAUUAAAGAAGAGGCCGAGGAGACAUCUGUCAGCAAUGAGGCACACAAAUGGAAAAGUAGGAAGCGAGGUGAGCUCAGCAUGAAGUCUGAAUCCUUACAGUCUGACACACAGAGAACGGAGGAAAUGUCUUCUCUUAGAAGUGAGGAAGAUAAGCCACCAUCAACAAACAAAUCUGGAGAAAGACACAAGCGUCACUGCUGUUCCCAGUGUGGCAAACGCUUUUCUCGUUUAAGCGCUCUUCAAACCCACAAAAGAGUUCACACUGGAGAGAAGCCCUACUGGUGUUCGGAAUGUGGCAAACUCUUCUCACAAAUCGGCCAUCUUCAGAGACAUACAGCAAUUCACACUGGAGAGAAACCGUAUGGCUGUUCGGAAUGUGGCAAACAAUUCUCACGAAUCAGCCAUCUCCAGAGACACACAACAAUUCACACCGGAGAGAGGCCAUUUGGCUGUUCAGAAUGUGGAAAAAGAUUCUCACAAAUUACCCAUCUUCAGACCCACACAAGAAUUCACACUGGAGAGAGUCUGUAUUGCUGUUCUGAAUGUGGCAAGCAAUUUUCACAAUUAAGCGAUCUUCAGAGUCACACAAGAAUUCACACUGGGGAAAAGCCGUUUUCUUGUAAUGAGUGUGGCAAGCAGUUCAAACAUAUGAUCAGCCUUCAGAGCCACAUCCAGAUUCACACGGCAGAAAGGCCAUAUUCCUGUAAUGAGUGUGGAAAACAGUUCAAACAUAUGAUAAACCUUCAGACCCACAUACAGAUUCACAGUGCAAAGAAGCCAUACUGCUGCUCUGAAUGUGACAAGCAAUUCUGUAACAAACAAAGUCUUUUAACUCACUCCAGGAUUCAUGUAGGAGAAGAUCCAAAAUCUUGUUCUGAAUGUGGAAAACAAUUUUCUACCAGCAGCUAUCUUCUGAUACACAAAAGAAUUCACACUGGGGAGAAGCCAUUUUCUUGUUCAGAAUGUGGAAAGCAAUUUUAUGACAACAGCCACCUUCAGCGUCACCAAAGAGUUCACACAGGGGAGAAGCCGCAUUGUUGUUCAGAAUGUGGUAAGCAAUUCUCGCGAAUGGCCCACCUUAAGACCCACAUAAGAAUACACACUGGAGAGAAGCCAUAUUCUUGUUCAGAAUGUGGAAAACAAUUCUCUGACAGCAGCCAUUUUCACAAGCACAAAAAAAACUCACACUGAAGAGAAGCUGUAUUGCUAUUUGGAAUGGUUCCAGUGACUCUCAUGAACAAGCAGUCUUCAGACAACUGAACUAUCAUGACUGUAAAGAGUGAGAUUUGAUUCAAUCCUGUCUUGAUAGUGAGCGCAUAUAGAAAAUUUAGAGAAAUUUAAUGCCAAGAGAAGCCAUAUUGCUGUAGUGAAUGUGAAAAAACAAUUUUGUUUCAGGCGUAGUCUUUUAACCCAUUCAAGAAUUCACAUAGGAGAGAAAAAUGUUCUUAAAAUGUCGUGAUUAAGGAUCACAUAAAACUUCACGCUGUAGCCAAGCCAUAUUCUUGCUCUGGAUGUGGCAAACAGUUCUUUGAUAUGAAUCCUUUCCAAUGCCACGUGAGAAUUUGCUAUCAAGAGAAGCCCUGAAGGAGGAAGUUGGAAAAUAAUAAAGAAAGGGAAGGAAGAAGGAGUUAGUAGGGUGAUUUUUGGACUCUUAAAUGUUGACGAGUCUCUUCAAAGGUGGGGUUCUUUGCGUAAGAUCAAUACCAAUUCUCAUCAAGGUGAGAAAGAUCCAUCAUACUGGCUGCACAUCUCUGAGGAUACAAAAGCGGCCAACUACUUCAUUUUGUUAAUUAAUUUGAUAUUUUGCUCUUGUUCUUUAUUUUCUACUUUGCAAGUUUCACUUUUGGAAUUGUUUCUAUUUUUGAUUUUGAUUUGAUAUACUUUUUUAAUCCUCGAUGGGAAACUGUCUUUUCGCAUGACCUUUGGAGUUCAGAGCACAGGGUCAGCCAUUGUACAGCGUUCCGGAGCAAUUUUCUGCUUAAGGGUUAGACACUUUGAUUUAAAUGUAAUAAAAUUUAACUCUUUAAGUCAA